AUAAGGAUAAAUAUUUUCAGAAGAUAAUGUUAAGCAUACCAUGCUGCUUCAUGGAUCUCAUCUACAUCUUAGAGUGUGCUUUGCUUUUGGUGAUGGUGUUGGGUAUCUAUAUAAGAUCCACGACAAACCCCCACCCUACGAUAGUAUUCUGGCCUUCGGAGGACAAGUAUAAAACCAACGAUGGCAAAUCCUUAAAAUUUGACGACAUUGACGAUAAACCGACAGUAGAUCUAUCGGUGAUCGUUCCUGCUUACAAUGAGGAGGAUCGUCUACCAGCCAUGCUGGACGAGUGCUUGGAAUAUCUUGAAGGACGAAAAACCAGUUAUGAGGUUAUUGUCGUGGACGAUGGUUCUAAGGAUAAGACCUCUGAUAUUGGGCUCAAAUAUACCAAACAAUACGGAAGUAGUAAGGUUCGUGUUAUGACCCUUACUAGGAAUAGAGGGAAAGGUGGAGCAGUAAGGAUGGGAAUGUUAAGAGCAAGAGGAGCUCAGUUACUGUUUGCUGAUGCUGAUGGAGCCACAACAUUCUCAGAACUAUCUAAGCUUGAAGCUGAGUUGGAUAAACUCGGAGGAAAGCAUGGUAUAGUGUGUGGGUCUAGGGCUCACAUGCAGGAUGAAAGCAUAGCUUCGAGAACAUUCUUCAGAACAGUGUUGAUGUAUGGAUUCCAUUUUUGUGUCUGGAUCUUUGCCGUGAAAAGCAUCAGGGACACACAGUGUGGAUUUAAGCUGUUGACGAGGGAUACAGGGAGAAUAGUUUUCAAGUCUCUUCAUAUUGAAAGAUGGGCUUUUGAUGUAGAAAUGCUCAAGAUAGCAGAAAUGUUGAGUAUACCUACAAGAGAGGUGGCGGUUAGAUGGACUGAGAUAGAUGGUUCCAAACUCAACCCUAUCUUAGCUGCAGUACAGAUGUUCAAGGACAUUUUCUUUCUCUGGUGCAAAUAUGCACUGGGCGCAUGGAAACUUAAUGUGUCGAGCUUAGAAAACUUCAAGCUAGACUAGAACUUCAAGCUAGAGAACUUCAAGCUAGACUAGAACUUUAAGCUAAAGAACUUCAAGUUAGACUAGAACUUUAAGCUAGAGAACUUCAAACUAAAGAACUUCAAGCUAGAGAACUUCAAGCUAGAGAACUUCAAGCUAGAGAACUUCAAGCUAGAGAACUUCAAGGCUAGAGAACUUCAAGCAAGAGAACUUCAAGCCAGAGAUCUUCAAGCUAGAGAACUUCAAGCUAGAGAACUUCAAGCUAGAGAACUUCUAGCCAGAGAACUUCAAGGCUAGAGAACUUCAAGCCACAGAAAAUUUCAAGCUAAAGAACUUCAAGGCUAGAGAACUUCAAGCUAGAGAACUUCAAGCUAGAGAACUUCAAGCUAGAGAACUUCAAGCUAGAAAAUUUCAAGCUAGAAAACUAAGUUCAAGAACUUAAGUAAUAGAACUUCGAGCUAGAGAACUUCAAGCUAGAGAAUUUCAAGCUAGAGAAUUUCAAGCUAGAGAAUUUCAAGCUAGAGAGUUUCAAGCUAGAGAAUUUAAAGCUAGAGAAUUUCAAGCUGGAGAACUUCAAGCUAGGGCACUUCGAGCUAGGGCACUUCAAGCUAGAGCACUUCAAGCUAGAGAACUUCAAGCUGGAAACUUCAAGCUAGAGAACUUUAAGCUAGAAAUCUUUAAAAAAAA